AUGAAGAGGAUAGAGGAAAGCGUGAACGAAGGGUCAAAUGAGUCUAAGUAUCGGGACGAUUUGAUGACGGAUAUUAGCAUGACCUUAGUGUCGAGAGGAAUUGAAUCGAGGGACGAUUGGAGAGAUUACAUAGAGACUAUGGAGAGAGAUGGGGAGGUCUUGGCAGACAUAUGUGACAUCUUAAACACUGAUGUGUUACAGGUCAAGAAGGAAGUCGAAAAAUUGCAAGCAGUCGUGAAGAGCAAAGAGGCACUCGAUAAAGGUGGGGCGAACGAGAUGCUACCUGUGAGGCUUGAGCACACAGACAUUGCUCAUAGAGAUGUGUUGCAGGAGACAACGUGUUCGACUGGACGGACGUCUGUCGAAGUCUUGAAGCAACAUUCGGGGAACCCAGCGAGGGAGGAAUGGGUCGAAGACAGAUCAGGUACGGUUGCUUCUCAGUUAGUAACGUAUUUGAGAGCGAUGGCGUGUAGCGACCCAGGUGUGUUCAAGGGUUCUAGGAAUGAGAACUUUAACGAGUUCAUAAGAAAGUUUAAAAGAAAGUACGAAGAAGUAGUGAGUUGUGAGGCAACCCUAGUAGACAUAUUAGGGGACGAUCACUUAGCAGGUAGAGCGAAAAACAUAUACAUGGCGCUCCCGAGGAGUGUGAAGGAGCAAGGGUUCAGCGUAGUCGUGGAUGAGAUGGCUAGAUUGCUAGCACAAGAUUCCACCGCGGGCAGGUUAAGAGCUCUGACAGAGUUACGGAACUUGAGGAUGCGCCCGAACCAGGACGUCGCUGAAUUUUGUGUUGUACUAGAAAGACUGGGUCAGCAGGCAAACCCGGGAGCCGCGAUGGAGGAGCGCUCACUGGAGUACGCGCAAAUACUCUUGGACAACCUGGCCGGAUGGCCGGAGCAUUUCCAAUUGGUAGGCGCGCUGCAUAAGGUAGAGCCGCAUAGGGCUUACAACGAAGUUAAGCAAUUAGCCUUAAGCAUAGAGCAGUCGAAGCUCAUGCUAGCUGCCAAUAGGAGGGCGGCUGGGGCAAGCUGGAAGAAUAGGUCCGCACAUUAUCGCGAGAACAGAGCGGACAGGGAAUUUGAUCAUCCAAGGGAUCUUGGGAGACAGGUGUCACCUAGAAGCGAGGUGCACGGACUGGAGGACAGGGGACUCCAUGACAGUGCACACGCGCCUCAUCGCUCCAAUAAGACUAUGCCAAGCCAGGGCACUAGCGAGAGCAAGAAAUGCUAUAGCUGCUCGAGGUACGGACACAUUAGCCGCGACUGCCCGCAAAGAAAGGCUAGGGUAAACCAGAUCGGACACAAGGAACAAGCGCAGGUAAAAGAGAAGGCUACGGUGUCCAGAAUAAUCGAACAAGCGCGAAGCCUAGGUAUGGCAGUGAAGAAUGCAAGAGUCAAGAGAAGUGCUCUAAUUGGAGAUCGCGUUGUGGUAUCAAUAAAUUUGUUGGAUAGAGAGAAUCAGGCACUGGUAGACACUGGAUCAAUGAUUAGCAUCUUACCGGUCGACAUACUAAGGAAGGCUCAGGACAGUGGGUACGAUGUGGAUGCUCUGGAGUUGGUAGAGGAGUCAAGUCUCAGCCCCGUCUUUGAUGCAUCAGGAAAUAGAAUGCACUUUCUGGGAGCAGUCAUAGUAGAAACCGAACUGCAUGGAGGAAAUCGGGAGAGAGUCGCCUUUCACAUCAGUAAGGGAAAGGAAGAGGAAAUCAUAUUGGGCACCAAUGCUCUUGGUAGGUUGGGAAUCGAAGUUUCCAUAAUCGGAAACCAAGAGGGAAAGAUACAACAGAGAAAAGAAGAGGACAGAGGAGAUGUGACCAGUGAAGGAGCGUGUGUAUGUACCGCCUCGUAG